AUGGAGAAAGGCGGAGGAGUAGUUCAUCUUGUCCUUCAACAGACAUGCCAUUGGAAUCAUUUUCGAUACAAUGAAUCAAGGACGUUUCAAUACUUAAAAUGCUCAACUGAAAAGAAACCGGUUGCUUUUCAAGAUCACUACAGAGCUAUUUUCAAAGACUUAAAUGAAUUGCUGCAAUUGGGAGAUGAUAACAAACAGGAUGUUGUAGAGGAAUGUGAGUUGCCAUUGAUAGAUCUCAGCAAGCUGAAAAAUGGCAACAAGAACGACGUUGCUAAUUGCACAGCAGCCAUUGCUAAGGCGUCUUCAGAGUUUGGCUUUUUCCAAGUUCUCAAUCAUGGGAUAAGCCAUGAACUUCUUGGAGAGAUGAAGGAGGAGCAAAAGAAACUCUUCGAGUUGCCAUUCGAGAAGAAAGCCACCUCUAAACUCUUGAAUGAUUUUUAUAGAUGGGGCACACCUUCGGCCACUUCUCUCAACCAGUUCUCCUGGUCUGAAGCUUUCCACUGUCCGCUUUCCGAUAUCUCCCUCAAGAAUCACUCUGCUACUUCCUCAUCUCAUUUUCUCAGGGAGGUGAUGGAGAAGGUAGCGGGGGCUAUGUUGGAGCUUGCAAGGACUCUUGCCAGAGUUCUGGCAGAAGACUUGGGAUAUCCCGGUGAUGGUUUUACGGAAAACUGCAACAAGAGCACGUGUUUUCUUCGCUUGAAUCGGUAUCCUCGGUGCCCGUUCUCGCCCGAGGUUUUUGGCCUACAACCUCACACAGACAGUGACUAUCUGACCAUUCUCUAUCAAGAUGAGGUUGGUGGCUUGCAACUGAUGAAAGACAAUAAGUGGGUGGCUGUCAAGCCCAACUCUGAUGCUCUCAUUGUCAACAUUGGAGAUCUCUUUCAGGCAUGGAGCAAUGAUAUAUACAAGAGUGUGGAACACAAAGUGAUGGCAAAUGGGAAGAUGGAGAGGUAUUCCAUGGCUUUCUUUCUCUGCCCUUCAUAUGAUUCAACCAUUGGAAGUUGCAAACAACCUUCUAUCUACAACAGCUUCACUUUUGGAGAUUUCAGGAAACAAGUGCAACAAGAUGUUCUUAAAACUGGGAAAAAAAUUGGCCUUCCAAGAUUUCUUAUUACAUAAUUUUGUUUGGGUGUGUGUAUAUAUAUUGAAAUUCAUGAGAAGGAAAAUGAAUAUUUUAUAUUUAUUUAUUUGUUUUA